CAUACACCUAGCCGCCGCUUUACAAAACAGGUCAACAGAAAGAAGCAGCUAGGAGUUUCAAUAAUCUCCAGUUUCGGGAGGGGGGAAACUGACACUAAGAAAUGAGUGAAAACAACUCCAGGGCGCUCCUUGGCCGCUUGUUAGUACAGGUGCCUCUCCAGUUGUGACCACUGAGCAGAGGAGAGUCACAGUGAAAGUGGCCAUGUAUCCUUUCAGCUGUGAGGCUGAGACCUCACUUCAGGACCUGUUUGAAUAUUUCAAGAGGUGCCUGCAGCAUGGAGAGUGGGAGCUGGCCAGUGCCUGUGUGCCACAGCUGGUGAACUCAACACUUUCAGAAAACCUACGAGACAUAAUCAAAGCUAUCAUCUGCCAUCCUUACAAUUUAAAAUGGGAGUUACUGGGCAGUCCACACAAACUGGCUUGGUUUUGGCUUCAGGUUUUGGAGAAAUGGACAGAAGAGAAGGUUUCUCCUAACAUCAGGAGAGAGUUGGAGUUCCUGCUGCUCCUGGAGGAAUUGGGCUCAGAGGGCAUAACAGAGACUGUCCUCAAGCAGGAGUUGCGCCAGGCCUUCUUGGACAUCCAGCGUGACCGAAAGGCUGCGGAACGUUCGAGGGCAACAGAUGCUUCUGUUGAGUCUUGCCUCCGAACCUUAUUGGAGAAAAAGAAGCCCAGACUGGCCCAGUCUCUAGCACAUUUCUUACAGGACCAGUCAUCCACAGAGGACCAUACUCUGCAGCACACGUUCAUCCGACACCUGAUGAAGAAACUGGGACGGCCAGAGAGGAUGCCGGAGAAGCUGGAGGAGUGGGUGGAGGAGAUCUACGCGGUGUUGGCCGUGAUGCCAUGGAGCUCUCGUAGAAGCGGUGGGCAGUUUGAGGCCCUGUGCGAAGCGCUGUGGGCAGCCAGAGACGGACCCCUGAAAGAGGAGAGGAUCCUGAGCGCGCUGCUUCGCCCUCAGUGUGACGCUCUCGUCUCUGUGUACUGCUCCACUGCUCUGAGGCUGCAGAGGGAUCAUCUGCUGAGGAGCACGCCUGACACACAAGUGGACCUCCCUGAGGCAGAGAGGCUGGCUCUCACUUUAUGUUGCCACAAGGACCGUCCAUCCAUUUGGAAGACCAUCUAUUUCGAGUGCCUUAGUAGUGGGAAGCACUUCUUGGAGCAGGUCUUGGUUACUGCACUUGACCUGAUUAAGCACGAGGAGUUCUCUCAGCUGAGAGACUUACUGCAGCUGGAGUUCCAGCCAUUGUCUCGUCUGCUGCUGCUGCUGGGAUGGACUCAGUGUCGCAGUCUGAGCUCAGCUCAAACGCUGCUUAGCACCCUUCACCGUGAGCAGGCACCAGCCAGUGACUCUGUUCUGCAGGAGUUCGCCAAUCUUUUGUCCUCUCAGCUUGGAAUACUUGAAUGGUGUAAAAGCAACAAUCCAGGUAUUUCCAUGGAGGCAUUGCUGACACAGCUUCACACUCUGGACAAUCAUUCAGCUCUCUAUAUUCUGCAUUCUCUAACUGCUUUGCCUCAGUUUGAAGAGCGCAGGAUACUGGAUCUGCUGCAGCAACUGCCAAAUUCGCCAAGAACAGAGGACACUGAGGCCAUCAUUACUCUCAGCCAUGGUGUACAGAGGAACGUAGUUUUGUUCCAGGGGUUCUGUGCCAUGAAAUAUGCCAUUUAUGCUCUCUGUGUGAAUGUACAUAAAUACUCAAAUUGCACCAAGUGUGAGUCCAUGCAGCAGCAGCGGCACCGGCCCAGUGAAGCAGAAACAGACCAAAAUGAAACCUCAACUUCCUCAGAAGGUUACCAUUUGCAGUUCCAGCACUACCUGUCAGAGUGUCAGCUCUAUCUGGAGGCUGUGCCAGCCAUGUUCCGCCUAGAGCUCCUGGAGAACAUCUUCUCCCUUCUCUUUCUGUCCACCGCUGACUUUGCGCAGCCGAUUCAAAAAGACACAAACUCAAAUCUGAACGCAGUGAAUGUCAGUCAAGACUGUUCAUCAGAUACACGAAACACAAAUGUAGAAUUCGGAGCCAAAGCAAAGACAGAUGAGACUGAUCACAGCAGGAAAGAGAGCCGGAGGCAGCAUGCAAGUUCACUAACCUCGUCCCACUGUGGCCAACUGGACCUGGGACACUUCAUCCAGGGCUGCAGGGGUUUUGUGGUUGAUGUUACAGCCAUGGAGGGUUUUCUGAAGCUGCUGAAAGAAGGGUUGGAGGGCAUGUGCGUCGUGGGUCAGCAGGAGGGGCAGGAGGCGGGAAGAGCGCUGCCACGAGAGGCCGAGGCGGUGGAAAGUCUGGGCUGCUCGGUGACGGCUGAGACAUUUGGGGCUCGCCUGCAAAGGCUGUCCAAACGCACUGCGGAGGCUCAGUGGAGGCUGCAGAUCAUCACCAGCAACCAGGGCAGUGGAAGUGGCUCAGAAACCCCCCUCCAAAUGUCAGCGAUCAGCUGUACUGCCCCGUCUUUGGGGAGCAGCAAGAGCUCGAGUCUGAGAAGGAGGAAGAGACAAGGGAGACAUGCUACAGAGAGAAAAAGCUCCAUAGAGAAACAGAAUGGAGAAGUUAGCACGAGUGCAUCAGAUGGUGGAGGAGGGACAGCAGCCGGUUGUGUGGAAUUGGAGGUUUGUCCAUGCAGGGGUCCCCACAGCUGGCUGGUGCCCGCCAUGUUGUCCCCUCCGGAGUCUCUGCUAAUGUCCUGCAUCCGCCGAGGAAACUUCAUGGAGGCUCAUCAGGUGUCUCUGGUGUUCGAUUUGGGGGCGUCUGCCUGCUGUGGUGAGUUGGUGUUCAUGGAGUGCUACAAAGAAGUUCUGGUGGAGUUGGGGCGGGUGGAGCAGAAGAUGGAGAGCCAGUCUAUGUCUUCAUCGUCGUCCUCCUCCGAGGGCUUGGGAUCGACAGCUGUGUCAGGCACGGGGAGGGCUCGGCUGGGCAGCAGUGGGCGGUCAACACUGCAGGCCAUCGGAAGUGCUGCCGCUGCAGGUGUGGCUUUCUACUCCAUCUCAGACAUAGCAGACCGUCUCCUCAGCACCCCUGCUCACCCGAUGCCCUCACUGGAGGAAGGCUACUGGCUGAGCUGCUGCUCUUCGGACCCAUCUGGCCUCCUUUACACAUUGCUGGAGGAGCUCAACCCAGCAGCCAUGGCUGCCUUUGACCUGGCCUGCUGCCACUGUCAGCUUUGGAAGACGUCCCGACAGCUGCUGGAUACAGCAGAGCGUAGGCUCAACAGCAGCCUGGAGACUCGAGGAGUAGGAGUUGACCCCAAGGUUCCUCAUUCCGAGGGGAUCUGUGGAUUUCCCAUGGUAUUACAACAGAUCAACAAGAUCCAGAGCCACUCUGCUACUAAUAAGGGCUUGGUCAAAACAGAUGCUGUUGGGGAGGACCAAGUAUUUGCCAGCCCAUUUGGUUGCUGCAUUCAAGAAGUGCUCCUGUGUUGCCACCCGACACUGAGUGAGGAGUGCAUCGCUGCUCGCCUCAGUCUGGCUCAACGCUUGGAGACCACCCUGCACAUUCUGAGUACUGCUACAGAUGGCACAGAGGGCAGUUUGGGCAGCGCUAUUCUGGCACUGUUGGCUGAGCAGGCCAGUCUGAAGCACUCAGAGCUAGACGCUCACCCUGUGCGUUCCGGCAUGAAACAACUGCUUCGCUCUCUGGACCAGCUCUGCCCCUUUGAGCCCGACGGAGAUCUUGCCAGAUCAGAUUAUGUGCGGAGUUUCCUCGACUACGUUAACACACUAGCAUCUGUACUGGUGCGCAGCCUUGGUUCAGAAGACCAGAGCAGUGAAGUGAAGCUUGGGAAUCCACUGCUGGUGUUGCUUCAAGCCCCGUUUCAGCUUCUCUCCCACGUGCUAUUUGACAGACAGGUGUCUCCUGACAGAGUGCUGUCCCUGCUGCAGCAGGAAGGUCUGCGACUGAGUGUCCAGCAGGUGAUUGUCCAGCGAUGCUGUGAGACUUUGCCUAUGUGGUUGUCGUGUCCAGGUGCCGAAAGAGACUCCAGUCAGGCCAGAAAAGAUGAUGGAGUGUUCGGCGUUGCCAGUUUGUCUGCCCUGCUCCAACAGCAUGCCAAGGAGCACAUGCCAAUUCUGGGAUUCACAGAGCCUCAGUCUGCUGCGAGCUCUGAGUCUGAGGCCUCAGUGGAAGACCACUCUGCUACACCCACCAACCUCUCCACCUCGCCACCCUCUCAUUCAUCCUUCUCCUCCUCCUCCUCCUCCUCGAACUCUUUUCUCCUCACGCCAUCGGCCCUGUCUUUCCUACAGUCACGCUCGCCUUUACUGGCCACACUGGCGUGUCUGACUGCAUGCAAAGGAGAAACUGCCCGGACACAAUCCUCCGGAUGGUCAGGGUAUUUCCGCACUGGACGUAAAGAAGUUGUCUUAGAUGGUGAGCAGAUUUCUUGUGAAGCUGAUAACCUCCUGAAAGAGUUCCCUAUUCUCUGGGCCUACCUUCACACCAUGGCGGAACCAGUGCUGGGCACCCCGUUAAGUGAGAGCGAGGAAGGCUCUGCUGGACUUGGGGCGGUUGUUUGUGGGCAACCUCUUGUCACUCUCCUGCUGUCUGGGCCACAGGAAGAAGUCGCCCAGGCUGUGGCCGCUGAGGCCUUCCAGAAGGCUCUUACCUCCAGAGACCUGGGCCGAGCCCUCAGCCUGCUGGAGCUAUAUGGGCAAGGCUGCAGCCAGGAGGGGGCGCUAAGAGACCAGCUACUUGCCUGUGCUGCUUUAGAAGAUGGAGGUGAAGGUACAGGUCAGCUGUUCCGUGUACAGGAUGCGAACCUGCGAGCCCGUGUUGCCCUCCAGGCCCUGGAGCGGUGGCCUCUGUCGGCCUGCCUGGAGCUGCUCGAGUUCUGCCUCAAUGACCCGAACACGGUGGCGUCCCUGAGAAUGGACUUAGAGCUCAAGAAGAAGGAACUGGACGUCUAUCACUGGAUGUUGAAUUUACAGCCUCCGUUGCCCUGGGCUACUUGGCAGGAGCUGAGGACUGAGUCUAAGACAAACUCUGAGUACAUGUUGUCCAUGAUGCUGGAGGCAAAGGAGUUUGCUCUUUGUGCACAGUGGGUGGAGCUAUAUCCUGUAUCUGACCAGCUGAGACUGAAGCUAAAGACUGAGCAUUUGCUUCAUCUGCUGGAGAAGGGGCAGACAGAUGAUGCUUUCCAGUUACUCGAGGGCCUCUCUGAUUUUGUGGUUGGCCUGGAUGUUUGUGAGCGUGCUCUGGACCGCUGCCCCGGACUGGCUGCCUGUCACUUCCUGGCUGACUACCUCACCCUGCAUUUUCAGAGGCAGGUGUCUCCAGCGCGUCGACGACACAUCCACGCCCUUCACCUGGGCUCUAAGGUGUUGCUGACUCUGCCCCCAGCAGCCAGGCAGGACUAUUUCCCACUCCUGUCGGAGCCUCUGCUGAUGCUCGAGCAGCUUUUGAUGAAUCUGAAGGUGGACUGGGCAGACGUGGCAGUGCGAACCCUGCGGAGCCUCCUGGUCGGUCAGGAGGCCGGCUUUGGUGCCGAGGACAUCGAUAAGCUUCUGGCAGACUAUGCCUGCAAGGCCCUCGACUUCUCCUGUGCUCCCAGAGAGAGGUCUAGAUCUGACUCCGUAAUCAGCCUCCAGGAAGCGCUGAUGCAGUGUCCUGCUCAAGACAGCUGCUCCCUGUCCUCCAGUCGAAUCGAGUCUCCAACGCCCUCUACAAGCAGCACCCCUACACACACCCCGUCCUCAAACAGCACAGACAGGGAGAGGGAUCGAAGCUCAGCAGGGAGAAAACGCCACUCGCCUGCCAAGUUCCAGCCUCCAGACCAACCCCCAGCCCGUAAAGACUGGGUCCCUGACACCCAGCAGCAUGUCUGCAUGGUCUGCCAGCGUGAGAGGUUCACCAUGUUCAACAGACGGCAUCACUGCCGGAGAUGUGGUCGUCUGGUUUGUCACGCAUGUUCUGAGCGUAAGAUGCCUGUAGAGGGAUGCCCAGGAGACGACGUCAGAGUCUGCGACCAGUGUUACACCUACUUUCACCCAGAUUCUGAUGAUGAGCUGGAACCAGCUGAAGUUGCUGGUAGCCCUGUGGUGACAGAGGAAGCUUUAAAUGGGAUUCUGCAUCUGCCUGAAGUGGUCCAGCAACAGAUCCAACUCAGCACAAACCCUGCAGAGAACCAGCUGCUGCGGAGCGAGUUUUACUAUGAACAGGCUCCCAGUGCAUACCUCUGCGUGGCCAUUUUGUCUCUGCACAGUGACCAAACAGCCUGUGGACAUCAGCUCAUCAUCCACUGCCGCUCUCUGUCCUGUAAGCUGACCAACCCGGAGGUGGACGCCUGCCUCCUCACUGACAUCAUGCGGCAGCUGCUCUUCAGUGCCAAGCUGAUGUUUGUCAAGGUUGGCCGCAGCCAGGAUCUUGCGUUGUGCGACAGUUACAUCAGUAAAGUAGACGUGCUUAAGAUUCUAGUGACGGCCAAUUACAAAUAUAUUCCUUCUUUGGAUGACAUUCUGGAGACCUCGGCUGUCACACGUCUUCGUAAUCAGCUGCUUGAAGCCGAGCACUACCAGCUAGCAGUGGAGGUGUCUACCAAGAGUGGCCUGGACCCUGGUGGCGUGUGGCAAGCAUGGGGGAUGGCCUCUCUGAAGGCAGGAAACCUUUCCGGGGCAAGGGAGAAGUUUUCCCGCUGCCUGAAGGCUCCAUUAGACCGCAACCAGCUCAACUUGGGUCCCUUACUGCUGCAAGAGAUUGUCCAGCACCUGGAAACCACUGUGCGACCCGCUCUGACCACGUCUUUUGGCGAGGACAUCUUGGCGUCCCUGCGGGAGCUGGAGGAAGCCCUGAGUGACGCAGGUCCUGUCGAGCAGCCGGAGGGACAAACGCAGAGCAGCAUCUUCCACCAGGAGUGCCUGUACUACCUGAACACAUAUGGCACCCACCUGGCACUGAUCAGCUUCUAUAUGCGUCAUGACUGCAUGACAGAGGCCCUGACAUUCUUGCUCAACAAGGACUGCCCAGAGGAGGUGUUUCUAGAGGGUGUGUUGCAGCCCAGUCUGGAGCGGGGGCGUCUUGGCAUGCUGCAGGGGAUACUGGAAAAACUGGACCCUGGCUUGGAGACAUGUAGCCGCUACCUCAUCGCCUCCUGCCAGUUCCUGCAGCGGCGUGGAUACUUUAACACACUCUACCAGCUCCAGCAGUUCAUGAUGGAUCAUGUACGUGCAGCCAUGACCUGUAUCCGAUUCUUCACACAUGGAGCCAGUUCAUACCUACAGCUGGGAGAACAGCAGCGCUGGUUGGUCAGAGCCAAAGAGCACCUGAGGACAUACCUGCAGGAGCAGCAAGGUCGAGGCGCCGGGAGGAGAAAAUCUCAGGUCAACUCACUAAGGAAGAUGAUGUCGUCUAGUGAUGUAUCCAGGCACAUGAACACAAUUGAGCUCCAGCUGGAGGUGACCCGUUUUCUCCACCGCUGUGAGACCGCUGCUUCCUCCAAAGCUCCACAGACCAGUACACCUUCGACCAAGUCCUCUGGAUCCAAUUCACCACCUACACUGUUUGGGGGAAGUCCAAUGAAGGUUGAGGUGGCCUGUAAGGUCAUGCUCGGAGGAAAAAACAUAGAAGAGGGGUUUGGCAUUGCCUACAGAGUCAUACAGGACUUCCAGCUGGAGGCCCAGGCCGUCUACAUGCGGGCCGGCCAAAGGCUUGUCAGACAGAGGCAGUAUGGCGCUGUACGGCAGCUGCUCAAAUGUGUCGGUGAAUCAGGCACUGCCACCAAGAACGACUGCGAUGCCCUCAUCCUCAGCUGUGUCUCCAACGCAGAUAAGGGACCAGCUGAUGCAAAGGAGCUGGAAAGUCUCAUUCUGGAAGCCAAGAGCACAGAAAGCAAGAUCAAAGCCUACCUGCUGUGCGGUAAACUGCGGCCAGCGUACCUGCUGGCGGUCAAGCUGGAGCAGAGCCGGGCAGGCCCAUUGGUCCAGGACGUCCUUCAGGCUGCGGAGGGAGCACAGGAUUCAGUGAUGCAAAAUAUCUGCCGCCAGUGGCUGUCUGAACAUCACAACAAGUCAUCUCAGCAGCGCCAGGGCCGACCCAAUGCCAGGUAAAGGCACCGUCGGGACAACAAGGGAUUACACAAAGCACUUAAACUCGAAAAACAGAUGAGCUGCCAGCGAAGCGCAAAUAAGAGGAUCCAGGGUUUCUGAUGUAACACCGUUCUAGAAAUGUGUGACUGGUGAGUGACUAGUAAGCUUUCACAUCAAUAUGACUGCGCGUUGUAUGUUACAGGAGAGCAGCUGUUGCACAUAUUCCAUGUUAUGUGGAGCACAUAACAUGGAAUAUGUUUGGCAGAUUACUGUGGAUUAUAUUUGAUACAGCACAUUUCUCACCUACCUGAUUAGUAAAAUCAGAAAAAUUAAAGAAUUUUUUUUUUUUUGAGAGAUAAAGGCCAAAAACUCACUUCAUCUGUGAUGUGAUGAGAUCGUAGUCACACUGUUCCCCACUUGUUCUUUGGCUCCAGGUGUGUCAUACUAACACUAGCAUAAACUUUGUAGCUAGCAUCUAGUCUUGCAUUAAGAGUUUUCCUGCGUUUUAGCAUUACAGAAUGCUAAAUUAUCAGAAUCGAUGCUGCAGAACCAGGAAUAUCUUCAUUUUUUAUUCCGUGCAUUCUUCUUCCUUGUCAAAACCUGAUGCUUACAUUGCCCACAAUGCAACUCGACUGCCGACAGUUCAGUCAGAGAUUUGGAAGUGUUAUGCUAAUAGCAGCUAAUGUAGCCUUGAGCUUCUAGCCGCAAGCAGAGAUGAGAAGCGGGCGAUAGCGGCCUGGUACGUUCACUUCUUACUAAUUCGUAACUGACUAAAACUUGUCGUCUUCAGACCCAGCUGACGCUGACUCAAGUGACAUCAGUUAAGGCAGUUUGUCAGAUUUUAACCAGCUCCCACUGGAGACACAAAAGACUCUAUACAAUAGCAACAGAAUUUAAUGUGUAAAAUUGGUGGUAAAAUUGGUUCCCCAUUAACCAAAGUAAGAAGACUAACCCUAUAGUUUUUAAUAUCUUGUAUUAUAUCGACUGUGGAUGCUGAAAUUUUAAAAACUAAUUAUUUUACCUUAAUUUCAUCUGAUACUGUAUUGCCAGGUGUAUUUUAACAACUAUUUCCAGUGAGCGGCCAGGUUUUCAUCCACUGCACAGUGGGUUAUGUCUACUUCAUACAAGGGUCCUCUUACCAACCAAUGUUACUUCGGCAGUACUUGUGUUUUAUUUGUAAAAUGUGCUAACAUCUGACACAAAAAUACCAGAUUUAGCUUCGUAUGCUGAGGAGCCACAAUGGGGCACUGGAGUCAUUUUGGUAUCUAUGCUGAAAUCUAACUAAAUGGUCAAUUAAUUACAAAACUUGAUACAGUCCUUUCAAGUUUUAUAAAAUGUGUGUUAUUUUGAAGCGCUACGUAACAUCCCCCGUAAAUCUCGUUUUUUUUUUUUUUUCUUUUUCCUGAGCUCCAGUGGUUUUAAUUCUCACCUUGCUGCAGUGGUGUACAGGUGUACUCCAGGACCCUCUGACCUCCAUGUUUGGUGUGGUUAUGUGUGAUACAAAACACACUUCUGACCACACCCAUCACUGAUACCGGGUGUGGUCAGAGGUGAAACAGACAAAAAAAACUUUCAACCAGAGAGGACAGUGAAACACUGAUUUUGAUAUCCAAGUGUUAAGUUACUAUUAUAGUGGAAACAUCUAGAAACCCUGAUGAUCACUCUCUCUUAAUUUGCGCGGCCUUCCUCUCUGUAAAACUAACGAAUCACCGCUGUGCUUUAUUUCCAUACCGGAAACGUUUUCUGUUAUCUCUCAUCCGCAUAGCAUUUGAGAGGGAACAAUGUCACUGCUCUGGAGUGACAACAACUCUUACAUAACAGAACUGCUAACUGCAACGUAAACAGAUACAGUCACUCUUACACAAUAUAAGCAUAUCUAUAUAGUAACUCAGUAUUUGACUAAAAUUUGUCUCCUACCUCAACCUAAAGGGAAAAUAUCUUUAACUGACUGGAAAGCCUCUGACAAAUAUGUUGUGUGUCUUUUUUUUCCCCAUUUUUAUGUCCUUAUUGUGUCUGUCUGUGGAUAAGGUUCUUAUUCAGGCGUAAUAUGUAAUGAUCUGUUCUCCGCAAAAAAAAUGGUACAUGUUCAGACCUUGAAGAAACUGAUUUUGAAACUGUUUUGUCUUGUUUUUGUAAUCCUGAUGAAGCUGUUUAUCUGUUUUACAUUGUAUAACACAUUUUCUGGUCAGCUUUCAGCACACAUUCCCUUUUGAUAAAAGAAAUUCAUAUCAAGCAAUUUGAAGUAUUCAAAGUUGCUUUAUGUAAGUUUCUGCUAUUGCUACACAGCCACCGUUAGCAUUAACAGCUGAUUACUUACCAAUAGCUUCAGCCAUCAUUGUGUUUACAAGACAAGAGGUUAGAUACGGCCUCUGAGCAGUGCUACUUCUUCAUCCCCUCAUGUUGGACUGAAGGCAGACUGGACUCUACAGUGACUGCUACGAGACGGGCCGGGACUAGCUGGUUAGCAUGCUAACUUAAUUAGCAGAAAAGAAGUGAUAGAAAUAAAAGCAAAACAAGAGUUGCUUUCCCCUGCUGGAGACAGCCCUUGGUGAGUAAAGGAAUGAAGUUUGAUACUGAACUCGCAACUUUACUUCUAGACUGUGAAAUAAACAGCUGUUGAUGCUAACGUCGCUUAUGUAGUGAUAGCAAAAACUCACAUAUAGCACCUUUAAGGGCAUUUUAAGAUGUUGUUGAGAAAUUUACAAAAACCAUAAGAUUUUAGGUUGGAUACACAAAGGGAUCCGCUUAUUGAUCAGGUUUAAUUCAUUAUCCAGAAAAUUAACUCUCUAGUCAUUAGUUUUGUCUCUGGGUGGCUUAUGUUUUUGUCUCAUCUUCUAUCACAUGUUUUGUUAAUGAGUGUUGCUAAUUUUAAAAUCAUGCUUUUUGCUUCGCUCUCAUGGGAGACAUGACCCAUAUCUUUCUGAACUACAUAAAUCCGUAAUGAUUAACCCAUACAGAUAAUGUUUCAAAAAAGGGAUUUAACUGUGGCCGUAUGCUAUCUUUUUUUGUGUAUUGUUUUUGCCUGCUUAUUUCGCAAACCUACAACCUGGCCAACACAGGAUAACAGUGCAAACGUAGUGACACCAUAAAUCAUUUCUUUUAAUUCACCUAUAUGAGAAUCACACAUGUUGCUGAAGCUGCCUUGUCAAGAAUGAGUAUUUCAGAGCUAUUCUGAUCACAUGGUCAAGAAGUACAUCUGUAAUUAGAGGAGAUGCUGUGUUGUCCCUUUGCCUUGCUUCCCCUCUGCUACGCUAGUCUGAAGACUGAAACUAACAGAUCUUCUUGUGAUAGUGAGUGUUGACUGGCAAGAGAUUAAAAGAAGCCAAUUUAGACUGCUGAAAUGCACGCUUACGACAUUCUUGCACUCUAAUCCUCCUUAACUUGGACUGUUGUCUCAUCACUGCCGCACUUUAUAUUAGCGAGUUUAAAAAAUAAACUUCUUUUGGGGGAAAAAAAAUUUCAAAUACUAUAGUAACUGCUUUAAUGAUGCAGGGACUGAUGAUAUUGAAAUGUAAUUGAUUUCGCCAUCCCUUGUAAAAUAAAAUGAAA